CCCUGAAGCAGCUGCAGAAAGCAGCGGAGUGAGAGACUCUGCACUCAGUCUCUCUCCGUCCUGUGGAAAUGUUUCAGGACUACCGGCUCCGGUCUCCACUGAACACACACACACUGAGGGACUGGGUAAGGGCUGUGUGUGGUGUAUCAGCUGUUGUGCGGGUUCGUCUGGACUACACACUGCACACGGUAACCGGGAAGAUGAUGAUGAUGAUGUUCGUGGACUGUGGCGCGGUGUUGCUCGGCGUGCUGCUCACGGCGCUCUGUCGGCCCUCGGUGGAAGCGCUCGCGAGCUCGUCGCCGCCGGACCCGUGCUACGAGGAAACCGGGCAGGCGCGCCGCUGCAUCCCGGACUUCGUGAACGCUGCGUUCGGCCGUGAAGUGCGCGCGUCCAGCACGUGUGGUCAGAAGACACCGAGUCGCUACUGUGUGGGGACGGAGAGAGGCGGCGGAGAGCGGGGCCGCGAGUGCCGCAUGUGUGACGCGUCGGACCCCAAAAGGCGCCAUCCGGCUUCGCACCUCACCGACCUGCACAACCCUCACAACCUGACGUGCUGGCAGUCGGAGAACGGCAUACGGUACCCACAGAACGUGACGCUGACGCUGUCUCUCGGUAAGAAGUUCGAGGUGACGUACGUGAGCGCGCAGUUCUGCUCGCUGCGUCCGGACUCGAUGGCCAUCUUCAAGUCGAUGGACUACGGCAAGACGUGGGUUCCGUUCCAGUACUACUCGAGCCAGUGCCGGAAAGUCUACAACAGACCGAACCGGGCCGCCAUCACCAAGCAGAACGAGCAGGAGGCUGUGUGCACGGACACGCACCAGCAGCAGCAGCCGGUCUCGGGCGGCCUCGUGGCCUUCAGCACGCUGGACGGCCGGCCGUCUGCUCACGACUUCGACAACUCGCCCGUGCUCCAGGACUGGGUCACUGCCACGGACAUCCGCAUCGCGUUCAGCCGCCUGCACGGUGAGGACCGCAGGACCGAGGCAGAGGACGAGGACGACGCGCACUUCUACGCCGUGUCGGACCUGCAGGUGGGCGGCCGGUGCAAGUGCAACGGGCAUGCCUCGCGCUGCGUGCGCGACCGCACCGGAGAGCUCGUGUGCGAGUGCAAGCACAACACGGCUGGACCCGAGUGCGACAGGUGCAAACCGUUCCACUACGACCGACCGUGGCAGCGCGCGACCGCCAGGGAGGCCAACGAGUGUGUCGCGUGUAACUGUAACCUCCACGCCCGGCGCUGCAGGUUUAACAUGGAGCUGUAUAAGCUGUCGGGGAGGAAGAGUGGAGGCGUCUGUCUCAACUGCCGCCACAACACGGCCGGACGCCACUGUCACUACUGCAAGGAGGGUUAUUACAGAGACAUGAGCAAAGCCAUCACUCACAGGAAGGCCUGCAAAGCGUGUGAUUGCCAUCCCGUUGGUGCUGCGGGAAAAACGUGUAACCAAACCACAGGCCAGUGUCCGUGUAAAGACGGCGUGACGGGAAUCACGUGCAACCGCUGCGCUAAGGGCUACCAGCAGAGCCGCUCGCCCAUCGCCCCCUGCAUCAAAAUUCCAGCUGCACCACCAACGACCACAGCGAGCAUCACAGAGCAGCCUGCAGACUGUGACUCCUAUUGCAAGGCGUCUAAAGGGAAGCUGAAGAUCAACAUGAAAAAGUACUGCAAGAAAGAUUAUGCUGUUCAGGUGCACAUCCUGAAAUCAGACAGGACGGGCGAGUGGUGGAAAUUCACCGUCAACAUCGUGUCCGUGUACAAGCAGAGCGAGAGCCGCAUCCGGCGAGGAGACCAGCUGCUGUGGGUCCGAGCCAAGGACGUGGCCUGCAAGUGUCCCAGAAUGAAAACCGGCAAGAAAUACCUGCUGCUGGGGAACAACGAGGACGCGCCGGGGCAGAGCGGCAUGGUGGCAGAUAAAGGCAGUCUGGUGAUCCAGUGGAGGGACACGUGGGCGAGGAGACUGCGCAAGUUCCAGCAGAGAGAGAAGAAAGGGAAAUGCAAGAAGCCUUAAAGAGAGACAGAGAGACGCUGAGACGAAGACGGAGGAUCUGAACUCGAAUAUCCACACAGAUCUGACGCAGUGCGGGGGGGGGGGGAGGGGGGGCGAGUGACUGAGUGUGCGAACACUGUCGCUCGGAACAGAACAAUCUCCUUACACAGGAAGUGCACACCUGUCACCAAGGAACUCACCUCACACUUUGAUUUUAUUUCUUUUUCACGUCCUUCAGCGCUCGCUUCAUGCGGAUUCGACUCAUGACACGCUCAGAAACACACCGACACCCUGCUCAUCACACCGCCGGGGAGCGCCGUAUCGGCUUCUCCAGCAGCACAGUGACGCCCAGCGGACGCGCUCCAAAAGGGUUGUACAGUUCUAAUCCCCACACGGUGUAUAAAAUCAAUCCCUUUCUCUCCUUUUCAAACUGAUUAACACUUCACCUGAACUUAAUCUCAUUAACACACGCAGGGACGCAGCGUCAUUUCACUGAGCUGACACGGACACGGACCUGUAAAACACACACACACACUUUAUUCACUGCUACACAAGUGUUCAUUUUUAAUCUUUUAUUCCUUGAAAGCGCGCUGGUUUUUUUAAACAUCAUGUUUAUUAAUGAAUCCCAUCAGUGAAUAUAAACGUUAAAAUAAUUAUAUUAAUGUUUUUGUUUGUGGUGUGAAUUUUAAUAUCAGCACACUUCCACGAUAUCCAUUUAUCUCCUGCUCAUAAUUUAUUUUACAAACUUUUUCCCUCCAGUGUCUGUGUCUCUGUAGUAAAAUAAGUGUUGAUCACAUGACCAGCUCCUCGUCAUUUCAUUGGUUAAGGGGGAAGCGAGCGUCGUUUAUAUUUAUAACCUCCAUAAAAAGUUGAAAUGUGAAUAGAAAUGUUGAGAAUUAUUCACACGUCCAUGAUGUCUGACUUUCAUGCAGCAAGAAAAAGAAAAACAACAACAACCUCAACACCAUGUGGUUUAACAGAGUUUAAAAAAAACCCAUAGCAACAUCUGGGGCGUGGCAUCAUGUUCCUCAGGCUGCUGUGGGCUUUUAGAGAUGUUCAAGAUGAUGCUGAGAGCUGAAGAGCUCAUUACUGAUUCACACCACACCCAAUUAUUAUUAUUAUUAUUAUUAUUAUUAUUAUUAAACGUACAGACAUUUUUACAUUUGGAGUUUUGCUCUGUGAUGCCUCUGAAGUUUGGUCUCGAUUUCAGAAUGUCUAAAUUAUUAAAACAAAAUCAUGAUUUAAAAAUCUAUUUACAUUCAAUUAAAAGUCUUUGAGUGAAUCUUUUAUUUAUUUUGUUUUUUUAAAAUAAAGCUUGUUUUUUGUUUCACAUUCUCAUAAUUUAACAUUUGAAGGAGGUCCACGUGUUCAUACAUCAACAUUAUAAUAAAUCAUCAUUUAUAGUGUUUCAGCUUUUAACACACAAGCAACUAAACCAACUCAACUCAACUCAACCCUCUCCAUUUCUUUGUGUAGUGAUAAAUCAGCUCACUCUGUAAUACUGAACAUUUAUUACUUUACUUUUAUUUUAAACUUUAAUAUUUGUAUUAAACACUAAAUUGUAAUAAACAGUUGAUUUUGGAGCAGGAAAGAUUCUGUGGACAUGUUUAGAGUCCAAACUCGUCUCACACAGACCGCUUUUCUCUUUCAGGAUCAUUUUCAAUUCUUUAUAAAAAUCAUUAGAUAAUUUCACAAAGUAAACUUUAAGCCCAGAGUUUAUAGAGCAGAAAGCAGUGAGGGGUGUGUGUGUGUGUGUGUGUGUGUUAGCUUUUGUGUUACCCU